AUGGAAAUUGACUACAGCUGCAGGCGGAGUUCCCAGGCGCCAGGCCCUCCGGUGGGCGGGCUGCGGCACAGCGCAUGCAGCCUGGCCCAGGGGCUGCUCACUGCUGUGUCCCUGUGCCUGCCACACUGCCUGGCACAUGCCGGGCCGACUUCUAUCCUAGGACUGCUGAUGCUGGUGGCAGUGGCUGAAUUUCUCAUUGGCCUGGUUGGCAAUGGAGUUUUUGUGGUCUGGAGUUUUCGAGAAUGGCUCCAAACAUUCAGGGAGUCCUUGUAUAACCUCAUUGUCCUGAGCCUGGCGGUCUGUUGGUUGCUUCUGCAGUGGUUGAUUGUGGUGGACUUAAGUCUGUUCCUGCUUUUCCAGAGCAGCCACUGGCUUCGCUAUCUCAGUGUCUUCACGGUUCUGGUAAGCCAGGCCAGCCUGUGGUUUGUGAGUUUUCUCAGUGUCUGCUACUGUAGGAAGAUCCUGAGUGAACAUGCGGUCUCCUUGUGGCUGAAGCAGAGGGCCUGUUACCUGAGUUGCUGCUGCUUCCUGGUGUACUUCACAAUCAAUUUGUAACUUACAGUCAGGGGUAGCUUAGACUUCUCCAGUCCUUCCCAAGGAAAUAGCAGCAUCUUAUUCCCCCUUUCAAACUGGCACUAUAUAUGUAUAUUACAGCUCAAUACAGGAAGCAUGAUGCCUUGCAUGAUGUUUCUUGUUUCCUCUGGGCUGCUGAUUGUCCCUUUGUAUAGACAAUACAGGAAGAUGAAGGUCCAUACAGCCGGCAGAAGAGAUGCUCAGGCGAAGGCUCACAUCACUGUCCAGAAGUCCUUGGCCUGUUUCCUUAUACUUUACAUGGUCUACAUCCUGGCCAGCCCCUCCUCCAUCAGCUCCAAGACUUUUCCUGUGGAUCUCAUCAUUCUCUUCAUCUCUGAGACCUACUCUUCUCUUCAUUCUGUCAUGCUGAUCAUGGGGAACCCCAGGAUGAAGCAGACAUGUGAGAGAAUCCUGUGGAAGACUGGAUGUGCGUGA